AGCACAAGAAACCAACUGCGGUAUUUACGUACUGUUAGGUGUAGAAAUGGUGGAGGUCAGUAGUAAUGAAGCCGGCGGUGGUGGUGAUGGCAAGAGACCGUCUGGAUGCUUUUGUUUAUGUAAAAAAGAAGAUUUCUUUCCAGAAGAAUCAUUUCAAAGUUGGGGUAAUUAUAUGAAAGCCUUAGGAGAAACAAAGAUGAGAUUGAGAAACCGAUUAACAACAAGAUCGAGUGAAGAUGAAGAAGUGAAUGCAAUGACAGAAAGAAGUCAUAAUCAAAUGAAAAAGACUUUAACUUGGUUUGAUCUGAUUUGGUUUGGAUUUGGUGCUGUUUUUGGUGCUGGUAUUUAUGUAUUAACUGGUUUAGAAGCAAGAAGAGAUGCUGGACCUGCCAUUGUCAUUUCUUUCUUGAUCUCUGGCUUUUCUGCUAUGCUUUGUGUCUUUUGUUACACAGAAUUUGCUUGCGAAAUCCCUGUUGCAGGAGGAUCAUUUGCGUUUAUAAGGGUGGAGCUUGGUGACUUCUUAGCUUUUAUUGCUGCUGGUAAUAUACUCUUUGAGUAUAUUGUGGGGGGAGCAAGUGUUGCCCGUACUUGGACAUCAUAUUGUGCCACACUUCUCAACUACAAACCAGAUGAUUUUCGGAUACAUGUGACGGCUUUGCCUGAAAAUUAUAAUCAUCUAGACCCUCUCGCAGUCGUGAUCCCAAUCCUUAUUGCUACGGUUGCUUGCCUUAGUACCAAAGGGUCAUCACGUUUCAAUUCCACAGCAGCCAUGAUAAACGUUGCAGUUAUUUUUCUCAUCAUCAUUGCUGGCCUAAUGAAGGCAAACCCUGAAAAUUUCACCACUAACUUUGCACCUAAUGGUCCAAGAGGAGUAUUUACAGCCUCAGCAGUUCUCUUCUUUUCCUACAUUGGGUUUGAUGCAGUUUCAACGAUGGCCGAAGAAACAAAAAACCCAGGAAAGGAUAUACCAAUUGGACUUCUUGGUUCCAUGAGUUUCAUUAUAUGUGUUUACUGUGCGCUAUCUGUUACUUUAUGCUUGAUGCAGUCUUAUACUGUAAUAGACGUGAGUGCACCGUAUUCCUUAGCAUUUGAAGCUGUUGGAAUGAAAUGGGUCAAGAUCUUAGUAGCUAUCGGAGCAGUAAUUGGUAUGACUACCAAUUUACUUGCAAGUCUCAUUGGCCAAGCACGAUAUUUUACACAUAUUGGUCGUACUCACAUGGCUCCCCCAUGGCUCGCAGCCAUUCACAAGAAGACUGGGACACCUAUCCAUGCUACAAUAGUGAUGACCCUUGCGAAUUGCAUUGUUGGAUUCUUCACUGAUCUUGGUAUCCUCUCCAACCUUCUCUCGAUCGCAACGUUAUUCAUAUUUACGCUGGUUGCUAUUUCACUACUUGUUCGAAGAUAUUAUGUUCAAGGAGAGACCUCAGAUUCUGACAGAAAUAAGCUCAUUGGGUUCUUACUACUCAUUAUAUUAUCUUCUACAGCUACAUCAGUGUAUUGGGCAGUUAGUGAUGGCUGGAUCGGUUAUAUACCGACAGUUUUGGUAUGGUUUUUAUCUACACUGGGUUUGAAAUUGAUGGUCAAGCAAGCUAGAAAUCCAAAGUUGUGGGGUGUUCCAUUGGUUCCUUGGUUGCCAGCAGUUUCAAUUGCUAUGAAUAUGUUCUUGCUGGGUUCACUUGAUGCAGCUUCUUUUAUUAGAUUUGGUGUUUGGACAGGGAUUCUACUCCUUUAUUACUUUUUUGUCGGGCUUCAUGCAUCUUAUGACUCGGCAAUGGAGGAAGCAGAUCGAGGGAAUGUAGAAGCUGGUCAGCCUGUUACUGCAGUAUCUAGUUGAAAUGGAUUGGUACACGAAUACCCGAUUGUGUCAUGUAUAUAUUAGAGGGAAGGUGAGAGAGACAGAAGAGUGACAAGAAGCUGAAUUGUUUCUCUUGUUCCUUAAGAUUGUUAAUGGACAUGUUUUCUUUUUAUCUGUUAAUUGACUGAAACGAAAAUAAAGAUAAUUUUCUUGAUUUA